UGUCAUUCGGAAUUUGUUACUGUAUAAUUUUAAUUUAAAAUUUUAAGCAUUUUUCUGAAUUAACACACUAUAAAAAAUGAUUACUGGAGCUCCGGACGUGCCUCCAGAACAUUUUCAGUCAAAAUCUACCAUCGUAAUUCAUCCUGGUUCAUUGAAUUUAAGAAUCGGACGAGCUUCAGAUCUGAAUCCGGUCACAGUUCUUCAUGCUAUCGCUCGAAGAAGGAAACCAGGAGGCCAAGUGUAUUCUGAUUCAUUUCUUCCUGAACGCCACGACUUACUCCAGACCAAGGAGCUAGAAGAGGCCCGCUUAUCUAUUUCGCACACUCUCCAGUCCUGUUUACAAUCCGAUGGGAGACGUAGGUACGCCACACCGCCCCAGCAGAUCGCGGCUUUUAAUAGAAGGGUCCAGCCGGAAGUUAUAGGUGAUAACGGGGGUGAAUGGGUCAAACCUGAACUCGAUAUAGUCAUAGGAAACGACGUAUUUCGUUUAAACCCAAAAGAAUCGUUUAAUAUACACUUUCCGUAUAAGAGAGGAGAGUUUAACAUUCACUCAGGCCCUGGAGGAUCUAUGACUUCAGUUCUGGCUGAUUUAGAAACUAUAUGGACGUAUAUUAUUGAAAAUAGUUUACAAAUAAAUCCAAGCGAACUAAAAAACUAUCGCGCAGUGUUGAUUGUGCCUGAUGUCUACAACAGAACUUAUUUAAGGGAAUUGAUGUAUUUAUUGUUGACGAAAAUGUGUUUUGGAAGUUGUUUUUUAGUUCAAGACCAUGUAUCUGCUACAUUUGGCUCGGGAUUAAGUUAUGCUUGUGUAGUAGAUGUGGGAGAUCAGAAAACAUCAGUUUCUUGUGUAGAGGAUGGUAUUUGUCAUCCAAACACCAGGGUCAGACUGGAGUACGGAGGAGGAGAUAUAACACAGAUAUUUUAUUGGUUACUUCAGAAAUGUGCAUUUCCUUAUAAAGAGUGCGAUGAUCAAAAUAAACUAGAUUCGAUGCUGUUGAGGAAACUAAAAGAAGAAUUUUGCCACGUCAACUUGGACAUUUGUGGGUCCCAAGAAAAAUCAUUCACUCUCAAACAACCGGGCAAACCGAUUUGCCAUUUUACUAUACAGGUAGGGGACGAGUGCAUUAUUGCACCUCUGAGUUUGUUCAAUCCAGAACUGUUCGCUAUCACUGGACCGAAGCAAGUACAAACCCAGAAAAUUUCUAUCGGAGAUCCAGAAGAUCCCCAUGAUGAGAUUUACUUGAGAGACAUCAGGAAGAAAGGCAUGAAAGAGGAAUCUUCUUCGGCAGAUUUAAACGAAUCCUACCUAGAAAACCAACCAGUGCCCGGAGACGACGAUAUCGUUGUAGACGCAAUGGAACCAGUAGCUCCACAACCUUCAGUCAAAGAAUUCGUGCUCAGUCCUGGGCAGAUCCUUGGCCUGGACCAGGCAGUACUUCAGAGCAUCGACCGAUGCCCCAGCGAGGACCUGAAACGCAAAAUGUACGGAUGCGUUCUUAUUGUAGGUGGCGGAAUGAAAUUCACGGGCAUCGGUACUUGGCUUCAGAACCGCAUCAGCCUUCAGAUUCCUUAUUUGUACCGCGCCGAGCAACUGGACAUUAUUACGAAUCCCAGAGACAUGGAUUCCUCCAUGGUGGCUUGGAAAGGGGCUUGCAUCAUGUCCUGCCUGGAAACGGCGCAGGAAUUGUGGAUAGAGGCCACGGAAUGGGAAAAAUAUGGGGUCAGAGUGUUGAGGGAACGUGCUCCGUUCACUUGGUGAAUAAUAAUCACAAUAAUAAUAGUG